AUGGAGCUGCUCGUGUUGAGUCUCUCCCUUUGGAUACUGCAAAGCAACACGGUGGAUGCGGACUCCAUCAUCCACAUCGGCGCUAUCUUUGAGGAGAACGCGCUGCGGGACGAGGAGGUGUUCCAGCUGGCGAUCUCAGACCUCAGCCUCAGCGAUGACGUGCUGCAGAGUGAGAAGAUCACACACUCCAUCAAGCUGAUCGAGCCCAACAACCCCUUCCAGGCUGUGCAAGAAGCCUGCGAGCUGAUGAACCAGGGCAUCUUGGCGCUGGUGACCUCCACGGGGUGCGCCGCGGCCAGCGCCCUGCAGUCCCUGACCGACGCCAUGCACAUCCCGCACCUCUACGUGCAGCGCAAUGGCGAGGGCUCGCCGCGGACCGGCUGCCACCUCAACCCAAGCCCGGGGGGGCAGCGCUACACGCUGUCCGCUCGCCCACCCGUACGCCUCAACGACGUCAUGCUGACCCUCGUGGAAGAGCUGCGCUGGCAGAAGUUCAUCAUCUUUUACGACACUGAGUAUGAUAUCCGUGGGCUGCAGGGAUUCCUGGACCAGACCUCGCGGCAGGGUGUGGACGUGGCCCUGCAGAGGGUGGACCGCAACAUCAGCCAGGUGUUCACCAACCUCUUCACCACCAUGAGGACCGAGGAGCUCAACAAGUACCGGGACACUCUGCGCAGGGCCAUCCUGCUGCUCAGCCCCCACGGAGCACACACCUUCAUCCAGCAGGCGGUGGAGACAAAUCUGGCGUCCAAAGAUAGUCACUGGGUGUUUGUCAAUGAGGAGAUCAGCGACACAGAGAUCCUGGAGCUAACCCACAGUGCACUUGGGCGCAUGACGGUGGCCAGGCAGAUCUUCCCCGUGGUGAAGGACAGCCCCCUGCGCUGCAUCCGCCACAACAACCACCGCAUCUCCUCCCUGCUGUGCGACCCGCAGGAGGGCUACCUGAAGAACCUCGAGGUAUCCAACCUCUACCUGUACGACAGCGUGUUGAUGCUGGCCAACGCCUUCUACAGGAAGUUGGAAGACAGGAAGUGGCACAGCAUGGCCAGCCUCAACUGCAUCAAGAAGACCACCAAGCCCUGGAACGGAGGCUGGUCCAUGCUGGAGACCAUCCAGAAGGGUAAUAUAACAGGACUGACGGGGUUGAUGGACUUCAAAGACAGCGGCUCCAACUCUCAUGUCCAGUUUGAGAUCCUUGGAUCCAGUUUCAGCGAGUCCUUCGGCAAGGAUGUCAAGAGGCUGGCAACCUGGGACUCGGUGCACGGGCUGAACGGCAGCUUGAAGGAAAGCCGCAUCGAGAACGGGAUGCAAGGGGUGACCGUCAAGGUUGUCACUUUACUGGAGGACCCCUUUGUAAUGGUGGCUGAGAACAUCCUGGGCCAGCCCAAGCGGUACAAGGGCUUCUCCAUCGAUGUGCUGGACGCCCUCGCCAAGAUCCUGGGCUUCAAAUAUGACAUUUAUCAGGUGGCCGACAGCAAGUAUGGAUCCCAGCUGCCCAAUGGCUCAUGGAACGGUAUGAUCGGAGAGCUGAUCAACAAGCGAGCGGACCUGGCUGUGUCGGCCGUCACCAUCACCCCAGAGCGGGAGAACGUGGUGGACUUCAGUAAGCGCUACCUGGACUACAGCGUGGGCAUCCUAAUCCGCAAACCCGAGGAGAAGAUCAACAUCUUCUCUCUCUUCGCGCCCUUUGACCUGGCUGUGUGGGCCUGCAUCGCCGCUGCCAUCCCCGUCGUUGGGGUGCUCAUCUUCCUCCUCAACCGGCUGCAGACGCUGCGCUCCUCCUCCUCCUCCUCUGCUUCCUCCACAUCCUCUGCCGUUACCCAGAAUGCACCACCAGGCCAGACGCCAGUCGGCUCCGGGACGCUGCACAGCGCCAUCUGGAUCGUGUACGGAGCGUUCGUACAGCAAGGGGGGGACAGCGUGGCGGGCUCGGUGGCGUUGAGGAUCGUGAUGGGCAGCUGGUGGCUGUUCACCCUCAUCGUGUGUUCCUCCUACACCGCCAACCUGGCCGCCUACCUUACCGUGUCACGCAUGGACCACGCCAUACGGUCGUUCCAGGACUUGUCCCGGCAGAUGGAGGUGGACUACGGCACGGUGCGGGACUCAGCCGUGUACGACUACUUCAAGAACAAGGGGACCAACCCCCUGGAGCAGGACAGCACCUACGCAGAGCUCUGGAGGACCAUCAGCGGGAACAGCGGCCUGGACUUCUCCGUGUCCAGCCCCUCGGAGGGCAUCCGCAAGGCGAAGAAGACGACCUACGCCUUUCUGUGGGACAUGGCCGUCCUGGAGUACGCCGCGUUGACCGACGACGAGUGUACGGUCACAGUGACGGGCAACGGCAUGAGUAGCAAGGGCUACGGCAUCGCAAUGCAGCACGGCAGCCCCUACCGAGACCUCUUCUCCCAGAAGAUCCUGGAGCUCCAGGAGAAGGGCGACCUGGACAUCCUGAAGCAGAAGUGGUGGCCGCGCAUGGGCCGCUGCGACCUGAACCGCCACGCCAGCGCCCAGCCCGACGGCCGCUCCCUCAAGCUGCACAGCUUCGCCGGCGUCUUCUGCAUCCUGGCCGCCGGCCUGCUGCUGGCCUGCCUUGUGGCGGGCAUGGAGACGUGGUGGAACGGCAACCGGUGCCGCAGGGAGCAGCCCAAAGAGGACAAGGAGGUGAACCUGGAACAGGUGCACCGUCGUAUGAACAGUCUUUUGGACGAGGACCUUGCCCACAAGCAGAUCCCCGGCCACUCUAUCGAGAUCUCUGCGUUGGACAUCGGCAGCAUGCAGCCCGGCCCGGCCUGCUCCUCGCUGAGGGUGGGAGGGAGGGAGUCCAUGCGGGACUAUCCGUCCUCGGGCCUCUCUGUGACCACCUACCUCCCCGGGGGGGAGGGGGUGGGCCACUCCCAGGCGCUGCUCCCUGGCAGCUCCACGCUGGGGCCGCCCACGCAUCACCCUCUCAGCAGCACAUCCAUCAGCGGCACCAUGCAGUGCAAACACAGGGCGCCCAACGGGGGGUUGUUCCGCCAGAGCCCCGGCAAGAAUCCCAUGCCAAUGUCCUACCAGGGAGUCUCCGGAGGACCCAUACCCGAAGCCAUUGACCCCGCCCACAGCACCUCCAUAUGAGAAAGGGGGGGUUGACCCCGCAAGCAGCACAUCCAUAUGAUAGGAGGAGGGGGAGAUUGACCACAUCAUGUCCAUAUUACAGGAGAAAGGAAAGGGGAGGGGUCAAUGAUCGACCCCGCCCACAUCCCUUCUAUAGAUAUUAGGAAGGGGUACGGCGUUCGGUGUGGUUCAGGUCGGG